AUGCAAAAAAUCACCUUCAAAGGACUAACGCAACGCGUGAUAGAUAAGAACGUUGGCUUCUUCAAGGUACGUCCAAAGCGGAGCGAGUUCCACUGUAGAAGUUGGUUCGGUAAGCAGCUGCGGAGACUUUGCGAUAUUACAGCCCUGCACGGCUACAGCCAGAUAGUGCGCGAUGGUUACAGUGCGUUGGAACGCUCCGUGUGGUUCUGUGCGGUCGUCGCAUCGACCAUUAGUGCCAUCGCGCUGCUAAUGAUAUCGUGGUCCUGGACGGUGGAAACACCAACCGUUACGGUGACCGAGACGACCAACUACCCAACCUGGAAUUUCCCAUUUCCUGCCGUAACGGUGUGUAAUUUGAACAAGAUUUCAGCGACGGCCGCACUGCAGCGUGCCCGAACAAUGCGUCGCCCGGGAAAUAUGACGGCAGAGGAACUGUCGGACAUGUUCCGCCUAUUCCUCCACGUGUCUGGGCUGGGUCAGGCGGAUCCUGCUCAGUACAAGCGAUUACACGACAUUAUGCUCACGAACAACCUGGAAAUACCGCAGCUAAUGGGUGAGUUCACGCCUCCGUGUGGAACGCUGCUCGAACGGUGCAUGUGGAAGGGCACCCAGUGGCGCUGCGACAAUCUGUUCCAAGUGGUCAACAGUACGGAAGGGUUGUGCUGUUCGUUUAAUUACUACGGUUUGCUGCAGGACAACUACCCGAAGAAGAUAACGGUGAGUGUCCCGAGGGAUCCUAGGCGCGUGAUGGCUAGCGGUUACCAGACGGGUCUCUCCGUCCUCUUGCAACCAUUCGCGGAAGACUACCACUCGACGGAUGUUGCUUCGUACGGGUUUAAGCUGAUGAUCCACAACUCGUACGACUAUCCGGAUAAUGAUGCCGAGAUAAAGAUUGUGCUCGCUGGCACGGAGUCCUUCGUCACACUAACACCGACCGCAACGUACGCCACAGAGGAUGCGCUCUCGUUCGAACCAUCGGUUCGCAACUGUUACGGCCGCACCGAGCGGGUGUUGAGUGUGCUGCAGCGCUACUCGUACGUCAACUGUAUGGUCGAGUGUAGGGCGGCCACCAUCUACGCCAAAUGUGGCUGCAUACCGUACCAUCUGCCCAACAACGGUUCGUUGCGCAACUGUGAAAUGAAAGAUAUGGAAUGUGUGGUACGGGCAAGAGAUCGUUAUCAGACAGCUGUACCGGCCAUGAAUGGGUCUGUGGAGCGCAUUUCGUACCGGUCGAUUGCACCACCUUGUGGAUGUUUGCCAGGAUGUGACAAGGUCCAGUACCCAUCGCAAAUGGUGACGGGAGUGAUGAAUCGUUCCUUCUCCUUUAACGCUUUAUCAUUUUUCAAAGACAUUCAGCUGAAGAAUCAAAGUUUGGUGCACAUUUUUCUUGCCGAUCUAACUGCAACACACUUCCGGAUGGACAUUUAUCAGGACUCGCUUGGUGUUUUAGCUUCUUUCGGUGGCAUUUUAGGGUUGUUUCUAGGUUUCAGCAUAAUAACGGGCUUUGAAGUGAUUUAUUUCUUCACGAUUCGUUUGCUGUUUGAUGCGAUAACGAAGAAAAACGGCAAGCGAAACGCGUCAAGCGAAGGUCAUGAUUGA